CGAGGCCGUUGAGCUCGCCGCCAUUUUGCGCAGCAGGCUCUAAGAAGAAGCAGCCGCGCGUCAUGUCUCGGGAUCGGUUCCGCAGCCGCGGCGGCGGCGGGGGUGGCGGCGGCUUCCACCGGCGCGGUGGCGGCGGCGGGCGCGGAGGCCCCAACCACGACUUCCGCUCCCCGCCGCCCGGCAUGGGCCUGGGCCAGACCCGCGGGCCCAUGGGAGGCGGCGCGCAGGGCCCGGGCGGGCCUCCGGGCGGCGGCGGCCCCAAGCCCGAGCCCCCCAAGCCGCCGGGCUCGGUCCCCAACCCGCCCGCCUCGGCGGCCGCCGCCGCCACCCCCACGCCGGGCGCGGGCGGCGGCCAGGCUGGCACCGCCGCGGCGGCUUCCGCCUCGCCCGCGGGCCCGCAGCCGCCGCAGCAGCCGGGCCCGGGCUCCGCGCCCACCGCCGCCCCGGCCGGCCCCGGCGGGCAGCAGCCGCCGCCUCAGCAGCAGCCGAAGCCCAGCCCCAGCCCCACCCCCGGCGGCGGCGGCGGCCCCAAGAAGGGGCAGGGGCAGUCGCCGGGCGGCGGCGGGCCGAAGGGCCCGGGCGGGCCGCAGCAGGGCCCCGGCGGGCAGCACCCCAAGGGCGGCCCGGGACACCGCGGCGGCCGCGGCCAGCACCAGCCGCAGCAGAGCCACUCCUCGCAGCACGCCCUGCCCGGGGAGAAGAUCUCCGACUCCGAGGGCUUCAAAGCCAACCUGGCGCUCCUGCGGCGCCCCGGGGAAAAGACGUACACGCAGCGCUGCCGCCUCUUUGUCGGCAACUUGCCGGCCGAUAUCACGGACGACGAUUUCAAAAGGUUGUUCGCCAAGUACGGAGAGCCAGGAGAGGUUUUUAUCAAUAAAGGGAAAGGAUUCGGAUUCAUUAAACUGGAGUCCAGAGCUCUGGCUGAGAUUGCCAAGGCCGAACUCGACGAUACCCCCAUGCGGGGUCGACAGCUCCGUGUUCGUUUUGCCACGCACGCUGCCGCUCUGUCCGUGCGUAACCUUUCGCCGUACGUGUCCAACGAGUUGCUGGAGGAAGCGUUUUCUCAGUUUGGUCCAGUCGAAAGAGCUGUUGUGAUUGUAGACGACCGCGGUAGAUCCACAGGAAAAGGCAUUGUUGAAUUUGCCUCUAAGCCGGCUGCUAGAAAAGCAUUUGAACGGUGCACUGAAGGAGUGUUCUUGCUGACAACUACUCCUAGACCCGUUAUUGUAGAGCCUCUUGAACAACUGGAUGAUGAAGAUGGUCUUCCAGAGAAACUUGCUCAGAAGAAUCCUUUAUAUCAAAAGGAAAGAGAGACACCACCUCGAUUUGCUCAGCCUGGCACUUUUGAAUUUGAGUAUUCCCAGAGGUGGAAAUCCUUAGAUGAAAUGGAAAAACAACAAAGAGACCAGGUUGAAAAGAAUAUGAAAGAUGCCAAGGACAAGCUUGAAAGUGAAAUGGAAGAUGCCUAUCAUGAGCAUCAGGCAAAUCUCUUGCGUCAAGACCUUAUGAGGCGUCAGGAAGAGCUGAGGCGUAUGGAGGAACUUCAUAACCAGGAGAUGCAGAAACGCAAGGAAAUGCAGUUGAGGCAGGAGGAAGAACGUCGGAGACGGGAAGAAGAAAUGAUGAUCCGCCAGCGGGAGAUGGAAGAGCAAAUGAGAAGACAGAGGGAGGAGAACUACAGUAGAAUGGGUUAUAUGGAUCCAAGAGAGAGAGACAUGCGAAUGGGUGGUGCCACCACAAUGAAUAUGGGAGAUCCAUAUGCUUCAGCAGCCCAGAAAUUCCCACCUCUUGGAGGUGGUGGUGGCAUAGGAUAUGAAGCUAGUCCUGGAGUUGGGCAACCAGCCAUGAGUGGUUCUAUGAUGGGAAAUGACAUGCGUCCUGAACGCUUUGGGCAGGGAGGCGCGGGGCCUGUGGGUGGCCAGGGUCCUAGAGGAAUGGGGCCUGGAACGCCAACAGGAUAUGGUAGAGGGAGAGAAGAAUAUGAAGGCCCAAACAAAAAGCCCCGAUUUUAGACGUGACCUGUAGAGUUUCAUUCCAGUUUGUUUUUGUCUGUCUUGUUUAGACACCUACUUUUUAAUUCUUGCAUUUUAGUAAGAAAGCUACGUUUUUAUGGAUGUUAGAAACUUAUUGACCUAAUAUUUGUAAGUGGUCUGUUUGGGCAAGUACAACUUAAUUAUGUAAUGCAGUGUUUCAAAAAAAAAAAAAAAAUAGCUGUUUUUUUGAUGUAUAACGUCCCUAACUUGAUGGCAGUGUACCUUGUGCCACUGAAUUCCCAAAGUGUACCAACUUUUUUUUACUGUGCUUCAAAUAAAUAGAAAACUAAAUGUAGCAACUAUUCUUGCCAUUCAUGGUUCCAAAUGAUGAGGCCAAAUGCCACACCUUCCAACAUAAAACAAGAGUCUUGUAGGUCUAACUGGACCAGGGUGUGGAAGAGUAGCUAAAGGUGAGGUCUCCUCCCAUACUAGCUGUAGCUAUAAUAUUGGGUCAAUAUAGUUGUUGACUAAUUGAUUUUCCAGUAGGCACAGAUUUUUCUGAGUGUGAACUAUGCUGUAGUAAGGAAGCAAACAAACUUUGCAUGUUCUGUGUAAGAUGUAGCAAUGGAAGCCAUACUGCAAAUGAUGCAGUCAUGUAAUGGAUUUUGGAUUUUAGCCAUGGAGAAAAGGGGGUGGUGGUGUGGGAUGGUGGCAGAGACUGACCUCCUUGGCAGUCGCUGUUUAAAAUCUUUUAAAGACUUUAAACAGAAAAGUAGAAAAUGUCAUAUUAAAAUGAAUCCAUAGAAUGGCUUGUCUUGACUGACUUUCUAAUUAAAGGAUUCGUAAUGUGAUGCUUGUGAUCAAGCUGGAAAUACGGUAUUUGAUCUGGUUUGGUAUUUAAUACCUAACUGAAAUUUGGCAAAAAAGAACAAGUGCUACUGAAGUAAAGCAGGGAGAAUCUUUUUAAUUUGUACUCUGCAACUUGCUAAUGUCCUUUAUGUUAAUUGAGUGGACUAACUUCUAUAGUUCAGAAAUCAGUAGUGUAAAUUUAUAAGGGAUCUGUAGAAAAUAAAGUGCAUCUUAGACUUUGUAGCUGGUGUGUAAGUCCCAAACUAGCAUGCUAAAUUCAGAGGAAAUGAAGCUUCUUUCACUACAGUAUUAUCAGAUGUUUUAUUAUUGAUCUUUGCAAGACUAAGCUUAACAAGUAAUGCAUAAACCUGGAGUUUAAUUGCUAAUGCUACACAGUACACAUAAACUCCCUCUGAGGCUCUUAUCUGAAUGGUUUGAUGAAGUAGUUAGCUUGCUAUCAAUUUCAUUAAACCUCAUAUGAUUUCAAGGUAUUCUGGACUUUUUUGAUGUCAUACUUAGUAGUAAUUUUAUUACCAUGAUUUUGUAUCCAACAAGCUGGGAACAUCACUUCCCAGUGUGAAAUGUCUUGGUGUUGAUGUAGGAUAUAUCAACCUGCCUGGCACAAAGUAGGUAAAAACCUAGUUUGGCUGCAUUUUUCUCUGCACAAAUUUUGAGCAUUCUGUCAGCAGCCUUUAAUCUUCUGAAGAAGUUCCCACUCUUUGUGCUAAACAUUGGCUAAUUCUAAAUUCUAGGCUAAAUUUUAUCUUGUAUGGAUAAAACUUUAGCAUGCAGGUUGCAUUAUCUUGGAGUGCAAACAGCCCCUCUUUAGAACUGUGCCCAGUUAAGCACUGACUGUAGCUGUUUUAAAUGCCAAAUACUAGCAAGCUGUGAAAUGUUGAUACAAGGUAACAUUGACUUUGAAUAUUAAGUAUACUAAAUAGACUCAGUCUGUCUGGUGAAUUCUGUUUCCCAAAAACUUUGUAGAGGUUAAAAAGACAUGUUCCCACUGUGAACUGAUACAAACUGAUACAUAGGAAGUACUGGACCAACAGCACUUAAAUUGGAGGUUGUCUGGGAUCCAUUGAAUAGGAUUCCUCAGUUCAAAAUGGGAAGUCCAGUUUUUAUGUAGAUGGAUUUUAUUGUAGGGACCUAAUAAUGAAAAUAUUUUCCAAAGGGUGUUCAUGGGACACCCAGAGAAGGUGAAGGUGUCUGAGGUGGGGAACUCUGAACAUAAACGUUAAAUUAAUUUUUUUCAGUUUAUUUUUCAGAUUACAUGUCAUUCUUUAUUAAAGAGAUGCUGGUACAUAUCUUGAAAUAUGCUUUUUUUGUAGUACUGUAACUUUGAAGAGUGAAAGAUGCUGAUGUCCUAAUAUCUUCCAAAGGUGGUCUUUGGGUACCCCACUUUAUGUAAGCUAUUGUUGCUAGGUAUUAAAUAGAAUAGUUGCAAAACUGUGCUUAGCAAAUACACAGAAGGAUGUGGCAGUUCCUAAACACCUGAAAUAGUUUUGUUUAAUGUUAAACUGGGAACAGGGUAACAGUGCUUGUAGCAGCAUGAACAGAUUGUCCAAAACAAACUCAAGUCCUGCUUUGAGUUGCAUGCGCUAAUCAGGAUACAAUAAAUCCUAGCUAAUUUGAUUUCAAACUUUUAAAGUUACUGUCUUUUUAAAAGCUGGCACUUAUAUCAGAAUUUUAAAGUGAAUAUACCCACUUUUAAUAAACGUGGGAGGUAAACAAGUUCACGAUCCUCUGGUCUAUGUCUAUAUUUCUGAAGUUUUCUUUAAAAUCAGGCUAUUCAUAUAAUUGAGUUCAAAGUUUUUGUUAAUCGUUUGGAAGAGCACUUUGUCUGCCAGCCCACUUCUGGAUGGCCUAGACUGUGUAGGGAAUACCUUGUUGUAUAUUUGGAUUUGGAGAGACCAUUGGCUGUUGCAUUUUAGCCUACUUUAAUUAAACUGGGCUUCUUGAAGUACUUUUGGUAACUUCUAAAAGUUCCUGCAGCAACCAAAAUGGGUAUUCUUUUGACUAUUUUUCACACUAUCAAAUGCAGAACAAAUCUACAGUGCUUUGUAGGCCCCUAACACUACCUGAUUUUAUAUACUGAUACAAGAGAAAUUGAAACUGCUUUUGAGUUUGUGGUAUUUUUGUGGUAGAAAAAUUCUUGGCUUCUCCUUGGCAACCAUUUACUGUGGCAGCAAAUUUUGCUGGAGUUCUUGAGACUGCAAUUUACACUUAAAUAGUGGCCUGCUACAUAACUGCACUUAGCCAGCAUUUCUGCAGUUCAUAACUGUGAGGAACGUAGUACCACAAAUGGCAAUGGACAUUAGGACCCGGAUGUAGUAUUCCUGCUUGCUCCAAGAUUCUCAUUGCCGACUGCAUACAGGUAGGUAACAAGCAAUAUAAUAUAACUUGGUGACUUUCUUUGUAACCUUAUUCUGUGGGUAUUCUGACAUCACACUUCUGACUAUGGAAUUACAUUGCAGCACUCUUAAUAUGUGUACGUUUAGUUGGCAUCCAAGCUGCGUGGCUUUCGGUUUGAGGGUUAUUUUUCAAAAACAAUAAGCAACUCUUUGUGAUUCUUAGAUAAGCAUCUCAGACCCGAUUCCUUUGUACAUGACUUGAUUUGUGUGGAUUUUUAGUUAUGCUGUGACAAAGAUAUUUUUAGAUGUUCUCUGUGGGGAAGAGGGAGUGUGAACUUAGAAUCAUUUAACUAGUCAACCUGGUGCUGUUGGCACCUAAAAGAAAGGACUUUCUGCUUUAACUUUCUGUAGUAACAAAAUGACCUGUCUGCAGUGCAUUCCUUGUAGGUAGGGUCUUUGCUAUUUAGGAAGUAACACUGGUAAUCAUUGUGCUAUCCUUGAGUGACCUAGGUAAUAAUAACUUGAAGCUCACUCUAUUGAGCUUUAGGACUGGGCAAAAGAACAUCUUAGGUCAUAAAUUGUGCUCAAAUGAACAUCCUCAUAAUUUUACAGGAUUUACCAGCAACUCAGUACUUAUUACUCUCUGGGUGGCAGUGGUCAUGAUACAUUCAAGUGCCUUAAAUUGACAAGAUACUAGGAAUCCAAAGAUUCCUUCCUCUGUUCUCUUGGUAGUUUUACUUUCCAGCAAUAUUGAGCAUAUGAUUAUUUUAGGCUCUUCAGUACUAAAACUAACUGCAUCAUUUUAAAAGGUUACAUGCCUGCAUGUUUCCAGACUAGCAUAUGUGCUGAUCUUAGACCCUGUCUCCUCUGCGUUAGUUCUUGACUUGAUGUUUUUAUUCCAAGUUCUUUUUCAGCCUCUGAUGUGGUUCUUGGCUAAAAAAUAAGAGCUUGUUUUGGAGGUUUUGGGGUUUUUUUUCCUAUUUGAGCUGCAAAGUUUGGUUUUUUGGGGUUUUUGGGUUUUUUGUUUUUGUUUUUACUUUGCAUACUUGACUGUGUUGUACACUUCUGUCAGACUUGGACACCGUUACUGUAUCUAACAGGAAAGAAACUUUUAUUAAUAAGCAGGUCAUAAGCCAAUUACCCUCUGCGGUAGAGGUAUUCAUGGACCACUGAAAAAAAGUUUCUGUACCUGGUAACUUGGAUCGUAACGGGUCUUUACAUUCCAGUAAGUGUAGCUGAACACAUGCAAGUCAAGUAGUGGCACCUAAGCCAUUUUGGACAUUUGAUGAUACCUUCCAGUCUUUCUGUGAAUAAAACUUAGUAAGGGAUGGCAGCUUACUGUCACACAGUGACAGUUGGGUUACUUAUUAGGUAUCUCUAAACCAACGGUCAGGUCUACUUCUUACGUUCUGGGCACACUUACUUACCUUCAGGAGUGCUGUGGAGGGGUUUUAUGGACACAACUAUCUUGUUCUACAUACUUGGAAAUAAUAGGGGUGUUUUUACACUCUUGGAGCAAGUGGUUUGUGAUAAAACCAUGGGUUAUAUUGGCUCUGUCUGCAGUAAUGAAACUUACUGCUGUAGCUGUUUCAAAAGCAAAUAGUCACAUUUAUUCCUAAGCAAACAACUUGUAGCAAGUGGGUAUGAGAAAUAACACCAAAGUGCUUGCAUUGUAUUUCAUCUUGUUUCCAUCUUUCUCUGCAAAUUGCACUUUUCCUCAGAAGUUUAUCUGAAGCUCAGAAGUGUGGUGUCAGAAUACAUAUGCGUACCUGUGAGGCCCUCAGAUCAAAUACUGGUGCUAUCAGAGGAGAGCACAGCAAGCAUAUAGUGUUUGGGGGCUUUACUGUAACAUUACGCAGCAAAGUGUUGAUUGCUUGCAGUUUCCCCAGCAGCUAAACACUGAGGCCUGUGAGUAGUUUUAGGACUUGAGCAGUAAUGGGGUUGCAUGUUUCUGUUAAUCAUUGCCAGCUGCAGUGACAUGAUCAGGAAGGCCAGUGUUCUUGUUUAAUUAGGCUAACCAUACUGGAGAGAAUACAUAAAAAGUAUGCUGCUUUGGACUAUAUACUUGGAUGCUUAGCAAGGUUGGAAUCAGCUGAUAAUCCUCUGAUUUCUCUCCAUACCAGCUUGUGGGAUUCUUUAAAUAGCUGCUCAUGGAAAAGGAAAAUGGGAGGAUUGGCCUUCUCCCACUUCUGUCAUUGCUGCUAGAUAAUGAUUGACAAGUUAGGACUUGAUUGUACAAUCCCACAGUGGUUUGUGAAUACCCCAUCAUCUAUAAAUGUUGCUUUUGAACACCAGUACUGAAGAGCUAACUUGGGAGGUGGUGGGGGGUUGGGGAAAGAAGCGUGGCUAUUGCUGGAUAAUCUGGAGUAUUGGCAAGAUGCACAAAGAUAUAGUAUCCCUUAUGCAUGGUGUUUGUUGCUACAAUGGGAAUUCAUUUUUACUUAUGGAGGGGUUAUGCUUAACCAAGAGGUGGGUUUGAGAUUAGAUUUGAGCUUCUCCCUCUUGGAGCUAGCAACAUUUGUGAUUAGCGUGCUUUGCCUCCAGCCAAAGGUGUGCACAGAACAUAGUACAGAUACAUUUCUAGCGAGUGUUGAGAGUAGAUGAUCUUCUGGCCCUCAGCAUAGCUGUAAUUAAAGGGUGGGUAUGCAGAGGGGAAACAGCAGUGGUGACUCUCCAGGGGGUUUCUUUGGCUUCUUUUUUUUUUAAACUGCUUAGGAUACUUGGGCUUGGGUAUGUAGCUAGGAUGGGGACGUCUCACUCUUGAUGUAGAGGACUAUAUUUUUACAACUAAAAUAUGGCAGUGAGCUUGACAAAAUUUGUUACAUGCCUUCACAUAAGGGAUAGUAUACCUCUGGCUGCAAUUAAACUUCACGGUACUCAGACUGGUGAAACUAGCCGUUACGGUUUGUGUUCAGUUUAGGUGCAGUUCUUCAGUCCACCACCUGUACAUUCUUUCACUUUCUUACAAGUGUUUAGACUAGCCUACUUCUGCCCCUUACACUGCUUCCACCUAGCAUUUGGGAAUAACUUGUAAAUUCCCCUCAUAACUAAUCAGUCCAUGUAUCUUUUAAAUGUUACUCUUAAUGUAAAAAUUAGAUUUCUGUUUUCAGAAAAAAAUUGGAUGUGCUUUUAUAAUAACUUCAGUUUAUUAUCCUUUAGGUGAAGAUGUUGCAAGUUGAGUGAAACCAGAGUGCUCAUCCAUAUGAAUACAGGAGUAGAGCAUGAGCACAAUCCAGCAUGAUGUGAUCUCAGGUGCUGUUGCGUAGCCAAAAUACAAAAUCAGUUGGAGGAAGCGGUUCUUGAAAUCCAAAAGAGCCCCAAUGGAGGGGAGCCAGGAGCCAAGUGGCAACCUUGCUUUUCAAUAAAAUAUUUUUUAUUUUCCUAUA